ACUGGAUCGUUCAGGUUCCGUCUCCUGCUUUGUCCUGGAAGGAGAGAGACCAAGAAAGCUCUGGGCUCGUCACUCAACAAAGGACUCUUUGUUACAGCCUCCUCCGAGGAAACCUGACCUCCCUCCCCAUCUGUGGGGCGGAAGGUGAUCCGGACGGGGCUGCUGGCUCGGCUGGGCCCUCUCUCCUUCCGUCGGCCCCGGGGCUCUGCUCUACGUGGGCUCCGCAGCCCGCCUCCGUGAUGCUGCCCUUCUUCCUGGCUCUCCCGCUUUGGGUGCCGGCGGCAGGCGCCGCCAAGGCCUGUCCCCACCUGUGCGUCUGCUACGAAUCCUCGGAUUUCGUGGACUGCCGUGGCCGGCGCCUGGCCCACGUCCCCCGCAGCAUCCCGCACAGCACGUGGCUCCUGGAUCUGAGGCACAAUAACCUGACCAGCCUGGAGGCGGGCUCCUUCGCCACCCUGUGGUCGAUGAAGAUCUUGCUCCUGGCCCACAACUCCGUCGGCCAGCUCUGGCCCAAGGCCUUCACGUGCCUGGGCUUCCUGGAGAAGAUAGACCUCAGCCACAACCUGCUGGCCCAGCUGCCUCCUGACUUCUCCGAUGAACUGGCCUCCCUGAAGGAGCUCAAGGCGGCCUACAACCGGCUGUCGGCCGUGGGCUAUGAGAGCCUGCAGCACCUGGAGAGCCUGGAGAAGCUGGACCUGAGCUACAAUCAAGUGGCUUCCAUUGAGAAGGGGGCCUUUCGGGGCUUGUCCAGGCUCCGCUACCUCUACCUCCAGUCCAACCGUCUGGGGAUUGUCCAAGCCGGCUUCUUCUCCAUGCUCCAGAACCUGGAAGUCCUCUUCCUUGGCACCAACAACAUCAGCGCCAUCGAGCUGGAGGCCUUCACCUCCCUGCACAACGUGAACCUCCUGGCCUUGACCGGCAACCAGCUCAUCCACCUCAAAUUCAAGACCUUCCUGAACAUCCAGACGCCGAGCACCUACCUCCAGCUCGCCGGCAACCCCUGGGCCUGCGACUGUGACCUCCAGCGGGUCUUCAGCAAGAUCCUGAGCGUCCGCCACCUCCAUGUGGAAGACUACGCCAAUAUCACCUGUGCCAGUCCCUGGCAGCUGGCCGGCUUGCCUCUGGUUUCUGUGGACGCCCAGCUGUGCGUGGCCGAGACGGCCACCGUCCUGGUGAUCACGGUCACCGUCCUGGUGACGGUCAUCGCCGCCAUCGUCAUGGCGGAGAGGAACAGGAAGAAGAGCCAGGAGAAGAACUGGAACGAGUCGGAAGGCCCCUUCGACCCGCAGGAGAAGUGA